CAUGCUUGCUCUGGGCGGCAGUUCUAGACGACAGACUACUUCCGGUCGGCAGCGUGUUAAGUUCAAAAUUAGCCGUAGUCCAAAUUUCAACAGUAAGGUGCAACGUUACUUGAAUAUAGGUCGAUAUGGUGAAGUUGUCUGCAGAGUUGAUUGAGCAGGCCGCUCAGUACACAAACCCCGUGCGAGAUAGAGAACUUGAUCUUCGUGGUUACAAAAUACCUGUCCUGGAAAACCUUGGCGCCACGCUGGACCAGUUUGACACCAUUGAUUUCUCUGACAAUGAAGUCAGGAAGCUUGAUGGUUUUCCCUUGUUAAAACGGCUUAAAACUCUGAUAAUGAACAACAAUAGGAUAUGCCGAAUAGGUGAAAACCUUGAACAAUCCUUACCAAGUAUGAAGGAGCUCAUUCUCACGAACAACAACAUACAGGAGCUGGGUGAUCUGGACCCUCUUGCCACAGUGAAGACACUGACUCUCCUCAGCCUGUUAAGAAAUCCUGUAACCAACAAGAAGCACUAUCGACUCUAUGUAAUCAGCAAAAUCCCUCAAGUUCGUGUUCUUGAUUUUCAGAAAGUGAAGCUAAAGGAACGGCAAGAGGCGGAGAAAAUGUUCAAAGGCAAACGAGGUGCUCAGCUUGCAAAGGAUAUUGCCAAGCGUACUAAAACGUUCACCCCAGGGGCUGUACUUCAGGCUGACAAGAAAAGGGCAGGGCCCACUCCUGCUGAUGUGGAGGCUAUAAAGGCAUGUGUAGAUUGUGUCCUUCAUGUAUUUAUUUCUGUUUCUGUCAUCUUGGUUAGGAAAUGUUGCUAAUGUCCAC